GUGCGCUGUGUCCCUGGGACACAGCGGAUCACUGAUCAUGGAAAGAGCCGGCGAUGUCGGCUCGGUCAUGUGAUCAGCUGUGUCCAAUCACAGCUGAUCACAUGGGACAUGUACACUGAUCAUCAGGGCACUGAUCAGUGUGUCCUGAUGAUCAGUGUAGCCCCAGCAGCGCCACCUGUCAGUGGUCAUCAGUGCCUCGUGCCAGUGCCAUAUCAGUGCCUACCAGUGCAUCAAUCCACAUAUCAGUGCCCAUCUGAGCUGCCUUUCAGUGUCACUGAUCAGUGCCAGUCAGUGCCACCUAUCAAUGCCAAUCAGUGCCGCCUAACAGUGCCAGUCAGUGCCGCCUAACAGUGCCAGUCAGUGCCGCCUAACAGUGCCAGUCAGUG